AUGGGUAAGAAGGCUAUUGAUGCACGUAUUCCAUCGCUUAUACGUAAUGGGGUACAAGAAAAGGAAAGAAGCUUUUUCUUCAUUGUGGGUGAUAAAGCCCGUAAUCAGUUGCCAAAUUUGCACUAUUUAAUGAUGUCAGCCGAUUUGAAAAUGAACAAGUCUGUUUUAUGGGCAUACAAGAAGAAGUUAUUAGGCUUUACAUCACACAGACAGAAGAGAGAGACUAAGAUAAAAAAAGAUAUCAAAAGGGGAGUAAGAGAGGUAAAUGACCAGGAUCCAUUCGAAGCCUUUAUUUCCAAUCAGCAUAUUAGAUAUGUAUACUAUAAAGAAACCGAAAAAAUCUUGGGUAAUACCUAUGGUAUGUGUAUUUUGCAAGAUUUCGAAGCUAUCACACCUAAUUUAUUAGCCAGGACUAUAGAAACUGUUGAAGGUGGUGGAUUAGUAGUAAUUUUGUUGAAGUCGAUGGCUUCAUUGAAGCAGUUAUACACCAUGACAAUGGACAUCCAUUCACGUUACAGAACCGAAGCUCACGAUGAUGUUGUUGCAAGAUUCAAUGAAAGAUUUUUAUUGUCCUUAGGUUCAUGUGAAAAUUGUUUGGUUGUAGAUGAUGAACUAAAUGUUUUACCUAUCUCUGGAGGUAAACACGUUAAGCAAUUACCUGCCAAGGACGAUGAAGAUUUAUCACCUAAUGCCAGAGAAUUGAAAGAAUUGAAGGAAAGCUUGGCUGAUGUCCAACCAGCAGGUGCCUUAGUUGGAUUAUCUAAAACAGUAAAUCAAGCUCAAUCCAUUUUAACAUUUAUUGAUGUUAUUUCAGAAAAGACAUUAAGAAGCACGGUAGCAUUAACUGCAGGCAGAGGUCGUGGUAAGUCUGCAGCUUUAGGUAUUGCUAUUGCUGCCGCUGUUUCUCAUGGUUACUCUAAUAUUUUCGUUACAUCUCCUUCUCCAGAGAAUUUGAAGACUUUGUUUGAAUUUGUUUUCAAGGGAUUUGAUGCCUUAGGAUAUACCGAGCAUAUGGAUUAUGAUAUUAUCCAAUCAACUAACCCAUCAUUUAAUAAGGCUAUUGUUAGAGUUGACAUUAAGCGUGGUCACCGUCAGACUAUUCAAUAUAUUUCACCAAAUGAUAACCAUGUAUUAGGCCAGGCCGAAUUAGUUAUUAUUGAUGAAGCUGCAGCUAUCCCAUUACCGGUUGUGAAAAAGUUAAUGGGCCCAUACUUGAUUUUCAUGGCUUCUACUAUUAAUGGUUACGAAGGUACAGGUAGAUCGUUGUCUUUGAAAUUGAUUCAGCAAUUACGUACCGAAUCCAAUAGUAACAAGAGAAAUGACGAUACCGCCGUUGUAUCAAGAGAUAACAAAUCUAAUUUUGAUUCUGUUACAUCUGGAAGAGACUUGCGUGAAGUAGUGUUAGAUGAACCAAUCAGAUAUGCCCCAGGAGAUCCAGUUGAGAAAUGGUUGAAUAAGUUAUUGUGCUUAGACGUUUCAUUAUCCAGAAAUUCUAAAUUUGCUACUAAAGGUUGUCCACACCCCUCUCAAUGUAACUUAUUUUACGUGAACAGAGAUACAUUGUUCUCGUAUCAUCCUGUCUCUGAAGCGUUCUUGCAAAAAAUGAUGGCUUUGUAUGUUGCAUCGCAUUACAAAAAUUCUCCUAAUGAUUUGCAAUUGAUGAGUGAUGCCCCUGCUCAUCAAUUAUUCGUCUUAUUGCCUCCAAUUGAAGAAGGCGACAAUAGAAUUCCAGAUCCAUUAUGUGUUAUCCAGCUUGCAUUAGAAGGUGAGAUUUCGAAAGAGAGUGUUCGUAAAUCGUUAUCUCGUGGUCAGAGGGCUGGAGGUGAUUUAAUUCCUUGGUUAAUCUCUCAACAGUUUCAAGAUGAAGAGUUCGCGUCGUUAUCUGGUGCCAGAGUUGUAAGAAUUGCUACAAAUCCAGAAUACGCUGGAAUGGGUUAUGGUUCAAGAGCUCUAGAAUUAUUACAAGAUUAUUACGAAGGAAAAUUCACAGAUAUUAGUGAAUCAUCUGAAAUCAAUGACCAUACUAUUACCAGAGUUACAGAUAAAGAAUUGGCUAAUGCCUCGUUGAAAGACGAAAUCAAAUUGAGAGAUGCCAAAUCAUUGCCACCGUUAUUGUUAAAAUUAUCUGAAAAGCCACCUUACUUUUUGCAUUAUUUAGGUGUAUCAUUUGGAUUAACUCCACAAUUGCAAAAGUUCUGGAAAAGAUCUGGGUUCGUUCCUGUUUAUUUAAGACAAACUGCUAAUGAUUUGACAGGUGAGCAUACUUCUGUCAUGAUAAACGUUUUGCAGAAUCGUGAAAAGACAUGGUUACAGGAAUUUUCGAAGGACUUCCACAAGCGUUUCUUACAGUUAUUGUCAUAUGAGUUCAAGAAAUUUCCGGCUGUUCAAGCCUUAAAUAUUAUCGAGGCAACAGAAGCGGGUGAGAAUCACGAAGAUAAAAUUAAGAGAUUAACAAGAAACGAUUUAGAUAACAUUUUAUCUCCUUUCGACUUGAAGAGGUUAGAUUCAUACGCUAAUAACUUGUUAGAUUAUCAUGUUAUUGUGGAUAUGUUACCAUUGAUUUCCCAUUUGUAUUUUUCGAAGAAAACAGGUAGUGACGUAAAUUUAUCAUCUGUCCAAGCAGCUAUUUUAUUGGCUAUUGGGUUACAACAUAAAGACUUGGAUCAUAUAUCAAAGGAAUUAAACUUACCAUCCAAUCAAUCAAUGGCAAUGUUCGCUAAAAUUGUCCGUAAAUUUUCGACUUAUUUCAGAAAUAUAUUAAGUAAGUCUAUUGAAGAUUCUAUGCCCCAAUAUGAAGAUGAGGCUGUUAAGGCAAUGGAAGGCGAAUCAGAACUCGUUGAUUAUGAUAAGAUAGAACAGGAUAUGCAAGAUGAUUUAGAAGAGGCUGGUGAUGAAGCCAUGCAAGAAUUAAAGGCGAAACAAAAGGAAUUUAUUAAUGCCAUUAAUUUAGAUAAAUACGCAAUUGCUGAUGAUGCAGACUGGCAAGCUGCCGGUAAAUCGGUCGCUAAGGCUGUUAAUGGCAAAGGUGUAGUUAGUGUUAAGAAUAAGAAUUCUAAAAGACAAAAAGGUGAAAAUGCUACCGAUAUUUAUGAAUCCGAAAUGAAGAGUGCAAACAAAAAGCCUAAGAAGUCCAAGAAAUAA